GUGGCGUUUCCGCCCCAGCAGGCUUAGUGCCCGCGGGAGCUCCCUCUGUCCUGCUCUCACGUUGACUGAGGCCGACUGUCCGGGCGCCGGUCCUGCGCCUCCUGGGAGGUACUUUGGUGCUGGCUGCUUUCAGAAGCUGUCCACUUUUUGGCUCUUAGGACCCUUUGCACAGCUCCCAGCGAUCACUGUGUGUGGCUGCCUCCAGGGGCCUUGGCUGUGCACGGAGGGGCCAAGGCAGGCUUGUUAGCAGGGCCGGGGAGACCAUGACUCUGAGAAGCAGAUCUGAAUCUUGACUCCACCCUGCACUAGCUAUAGAACUUCGGACAAGUCACUUAACCUUUUUGAGGUUCAGUUUUUUAAAAAGUGAUGAAUAAAUGAGAAAAUAUCCCUAAAGUACCCACAUGGUCACCAACGCUAAUCACUGAGGGCUUUGUUCUCAUUCCUGGGCCCAGAACCCGCAGGUUUUCAGGUCCCUUCUUCUGACCUUCAGGGGAGGAACAGUUGCUGCCUGGAACCUUGUCUUUGUAAAGCAUGUGUCAAAUAGGAUGGAUCACUUAGGCCUCUCAGGUCCGUCUACCUUACUCCUUUUAUAGACACUGUAAAUAAUAGAGCCAGAUGUCUUAAAUGAAUCUCAGCAGGCAUUUAAGUCCUGAAGGCUGAAGUGUUUCGGCUCAGGUAGAAUAUUUGUGUAUAUUUUUCCAGUUGGCUUUCUGAUGGAGAUGUGGGGAAAGUGGUUCAUUGGCCUUGAUGAUGAAACUUUUAUCCCUGUGCUUACAUAUCAGCUGAUAUUGUAGUAUUUCCUUUUAAGUACUAAAGAGACCAUUGUUCGCCAGGGAAACACUUGCUUAACCUCAUCAAAAAGCUUUAAAAAUGGAGUUUGAGAAGGGAGGAAAAAAUUGCAGAUAGAUGGUAAGGUAACAUCCUAUGGAGUAAAAUUAGAGACACAGAAGAAUAUUAGAGAAGGGUGUGCCUAUGAACCCCAGGACCCAGAGCGCGAGUGCUGAGGACGCCUGACCUUUCUACAUAAUAAAUGCUUGGAGUAUCUUGAGAAAAGUAGAAUAAAUGCAGUUUUUGGGUUGCCACUGAGAAUUGGUGAGAGGAGUUCAUGACUGGGCAUUUGAAUGCUUCCUGCAGGCACUGUGCUGAGUAGCUGGUCCUCGUUAAUUCUUAUGAAAGGGGUAGGAAGUAGAUGUGGACUGCAGUGUACCACAGAAACUGAGACUGAAGAUGGUCAGGCGUUUAGAGCUAGUCAUCCGCUUUGAUGGGUAACAGACACUGAAGUAACUUAAUUACCUUUGCUUCCUAACCAUAUUCUUCCUCUCGUGUGCUGUGGCUGCUUUGGUCCCUGACUUUCCAGGAUGACAGUGAGAGUGAGGGAGUCGUGGUUACAGUUGGCACCAAUAUGUUCUGCUACUCUUGUUAGCCGCGUGACAGUUCUGCUCGGGACUAAUGACAACGAAAUGUAACAAGUAGUCACCCUCUUCCUCCAACGUGUGAGUGAUCUUAGCCAUCACCUUUCACUGUACCAAGUGACCACUGGUCGUACGCAGUGUCGCUCGUUCAGCUGGCCACUGUCUCCUCCAUCCGCACAGCCAGCUGGAGUUUCGUGUAAUCUCACCUCAGGUCAUCACAGCACCCCUUCGAGUUUCUUAUGUUAUUUGCCUCUCUCAUCUUAGCUUCUAGCUCACGUCCCUUGAAUCUCUCCUUGUCUGUCUGAUGCUCAUAACCUCCCCUCUGAAAAGCUUCCUCAGGGCAGAGUUUAGGUGCUUUCUCUUUGUGUGUUCAUUUUCUUUAGGUAUCUGAUGAUUUUUGGUUGUCUGUUGAUAUUAUGAAUGAAGGUUUAGGUUCUAGACUGUAUGGCAGUUAAUGUAGAUAACUGGAGUGGGUUUCCCUUAACUUUGCUUAGCGUUUAUUACCCUGUGGGCUCCUCCCUCACACCGGGGAGCUGAUGCUGAGCUCUGUGUGUGGGGGUGUGGUUGGCAGGCUUCACUUGAGGGGAGUGGCAGUAGUUUUCAAUAAGAAGAUUUAGUUUCUUUUAAAAUUUUUAAACACCUUUUAUUUGUCAGGUGCCACACUGGGAGCUGGAAUACAUCUUUACUCAGUAAAGUCUUAAUUUAGUAUGUUUAAAAUUUGUGGUUUAGAGUCUUUAGAAAGCGUUUCUUUGGUUUUAGGCUGGAUUCAAAUGCGGCUGCAUCGUUAGCCGUGCAGGCAUGGGAAUAGAAAGUGCGUGGGGGGAGUUGCGUGGCCUUUAGAGUCCUUAGGCAGUUCUGCUCCGUUCCAAUUUCUGCUCUCCCUGCUCUGAUCUUGGAGCCUCUCUAGAGUGUCACCAGAGGAUGGCACAGACAUUCAUUUAGGACUUUUUUGUUUGUUCUUGGGUUCGAGCUUCUUUUGCUGUUGUUUAGUUCUCAGCUCUGAAUAGAUUUAUUAUCUUUCCCUUAUCAUUUCAGUAAGGUAGAAUGGAAAGGAAGGGGCAGACACAUUUGCCCAGUCUGUCAUUUUGAAAUCCUGAGCCAGAGGUUCUUUUGGCAAGUUUGCGUAUUUGUGAUUUUAAGAAUUGAAACUAGCUUAUUUAAUGAAUGCAUUAUUGUUUCUCCAGUAUUUAUAGAAUAGUUGGAAUGCUUAUAGAAUGUGAAAUUAUUGUAAUGCUGAAAUACAUCAUCUAUAUAUGAAUAACUUAUGUUCUAAAGAUAGCUAUAAAGCUCUUAAGAGCAAGCACAGCCACAGAUACCCCAGAUACUGGGGCAGGAGAGGAUCGUGGGGUGGUUCCAGGCAUUGCCAUUAACUACUAAUAAUUGACAGUCGGGGCCAGAAGCAAGGUAACUGCCUCACGUGAUGAUGUUUCCAUUCUAGAGUUGUUUCCUGAUGUAACGUUUGCUAAUUUUAGGUUGUCUUCCUUGGUAUGACAUUAAGGUAAAAGCUCUACUGCAUGUGGCUUACUGAAGAAGGUACUGUAUCCUGGCUGUCUAGUUAGACUUAGGCUGCAAUUUGUGUAUAUUUCAGUGAAUGAUAAAAGAAUAAUUUGCCAUGUCUUCUAAUAGAGCGAAAAUGAAUUUGUAUGCAACAUUGUUUGUACUUCUUAAUACACUGUGGGAAAGUUAAUUGCAACUGUAUGGUUCAGGGAUUUAGUGCAAGAAGAAGAACAGUUGAUGGAAGAAAAGAAAAAGAGAAAAGACGACAAGAAAAAGAAGGAAGCUGCUCAAAAGAAGGCCACUGAACAAAAAAUCAAAGUGCCAGAACAGAUAAAGCCCAGUGUAAGCCAGCCUCAGCCUGCCAACUCUAAUAACGGCACUUCCACAGCAACCAGCACUAAUAAUAAUGCCAAGCGAGCCACAGCCAACAGUCAGCAGCAGCCACAGCCGCCACAGCAGCAGCCACAGCAGCAGCCACAGCAGCCGCAGCCACCACAGGCCUUGCCUCGGUAUCCUCGUGAAGUACCACCACGAUUUCGCCACCAGGAGCAUAAACAGCUUCUAAAGAGGGGUCAACAUUUUCCUGUCAUAGCAGCAAACCUGGGAUCUGCUGUUAAAGUGUUAAACAGCCAGUCAGAAAGCAGUGCUGUGUCAAACCAACAGCCACAAAAUAACGGAGAGGUGCAGAGCAGCAGAGACCAGUCAGAUACAAACCACAACACUUCUGCAUCUCAUUAUGAAAAUUCGCAGCGGGGACCUGUGUGUUCUUCGAGCGACUCUAGCACAAACUGUAAAGAUGCUGUUGUAAGCAACCCCCCUGAGAAAGCAUGGCCCUUGGUCCCUGGCAGUGAUCCAGAGUUGGCUUCAGAAUGUGUGGAUGCUGAUUCCACCUCCAGUUCUGAACCAGAAAGAAGCAUCACUAUCAUGGCUUCAGGGAGCACAGGUGGUGAAAAAGAUUGCCUUCGAAACAGCACUGGACUUGGUUCCCAAAACAAGUUUGUGGUUGGUGGCAGUAGCAAUAGUGUGGGCCGUGGAAGUAGUACUGGGCCCUGGGGCUUCUCCCAUGGAGCCGUAAUAAGCACAUGUCAGGUCUCUGUGGAUGCUCCUGAGAGCAAGUCAGAAAGUAGCAGCAAUAGAAUGAAUGCUUGGGGCACUGUAAGCCCUUCAUCAAAUGGAGGGGUAAAUCCAAGCACUUUGACUUCAGCUAGCAGCCACGGUGCCUGGCCAGUAUUAGAGAACAGCGGACUUGCCCUAAAAGGGCCUGUAGGCAGCAGUAGUCCUGGCAUCAAUAUUCAGUGCAGUACCAUAGGCCAGAUGCCUAACAAUCAGAGUAUUAACUCUAAAGUGGGUGGGGCUACCCAUGGUACCUGGGGAAGCCUUCAGGAAACUUGUGAAUCCGAAGUGAGUGGUACACAGAAGAUUUCAUUCAGUGGUCAACCUCAGAAUAUCACCACUGAAAUGACUGGACCAAAUAACACUACUAACUUUAUGACCUCUAGUUUACCAAACUCCGGUUCAGUACAGAAUAACGAACUGCCUAGUAACACGGGGGCCUGGCGUGUGAGCACAAUGAAUCAUCCUCAGAUACAGGCUCCAUCGGUUAUGAAUGGCACUUCCCUUCCUCACCUUAGCAAUGGAGAGUCAAAAAGCGCAGGCUCUUAUGGUACUACCUGGGGUGCCUAUGGCUCUAACUACUCUGAAGACACAUGUGCGAGCCCCGACGGCCAAGCUGAUGGUGACACUGUGAACGCAACUCUAAUGCAGCCUGGCAUGAAUGGGCCUGUGGGCACAAACUUCCCGGUGAACACAAAUAAAGGAGGAGGCGUGUGGGAUUCCGGGGCCACGAGUUCCCAGAGUGCAUCCUGGGGAAGUGGAAACGGUGCAAACUCGGGAGGAAAUCGAAGAGGAUGGGGAGCUCCUGCACAAAACACUGGCACUGAUGUUCCCAGUGUGGAGUGGAGCAAGCUGCCUGGCAAUCAGCAUUCCAGUGACAGUGCAAAUGGCAGUGGUAAGAAGUUUACAAACGGAUGGAAUUCUACUGAGGAAGAUGACCAGGGUUCUGCCCCAGCUCAGACGAAUGAGCAAAACAGCGUGUGGGCCACAACAGGAGGUACCGUGGGCAGUGAAGGCAGUGCAGAAAGCACUGGACGCCUCGAGGAAAAGGCCACUGGGGAGACUCAGAGUAGAGACAGGAGGAAAAUUGAUCAGCACACGUUACUCCAAAGCAUUGUUAACAGAACUGACUUAGAUCCGCGUGUCCUGUCCAACUCUGGUUGGGGACAGACUCCUAUUAAGCAGAAUACUGCCUGGGAUACCGAGGCAUCACCUAGAGGGGAAAGAAAGACUGACAAUGGGACAGAGGCCUGGGGGAGCUCUGCAACACAGACAUUUAACUCAGGGGCAUGCAUAGACAAGACUAGCCCUAACAGUAAUGAUACCUCAUCUGUAUCGGGGUGGGGAGAUCCCAAGCCUGCUCUGAGGUGGGGAGAUUCCAAAGGCUCAAACUGCCAGGGGGGGUGGGAAGAUGAUUCUGCUGCUACAGGAAUGGUCAAGAGCAAUCAGUGGGGGAAUUGCAAAGAAGAGAAGUCCACAUGGAAUGAUUCGCAAAAGAACAAACAGGGCUGGGGUGAUGGACAAAAGUCAAACCAAGGGUGGUCUGUUUCUGCCAGUGAUAACUGGGGAGACACGUCAAGAAGUAACCAUUGGGGUGAGGCUAAUAAGAAAUCUAGCUCAGGAGGUAGUGACAGUGACAGGUCCGUUUCUGGCUGGAAUGAACUUGGUAAAACUAGUUCUUUUACUUGGGGAAAUAAUAUAAAUCCAAAUAAUUCAUCAGGAUGGGAUGAAUCUUCUAAACCUAACUCUUCCCAGGGAUGGGGAGAUCCUCCGAAGUCUAGUCAGUCGAUGGGUUGGGGAGAUUCGGCAAAGCCAGUCAGCUCUCCAGACUGGAACAAGCAACCAGAUGUUGAGUCUUGGGGAGUCCCUCCAGCUCCAGGCAAACCCUCUGGUACAGGCUGGCUGGGAGGACCUAUUCCAGCUCCGACAAAAGAAGAAGAACCCACAGGCUGGGAGGAACCGUCCCCAGAGUCCAUACGGCGCAAAAUGGAAAUUGAUGAUGGAACCUCAGCUUGGGGAGAUCCCAGCAAAUACAACUACAAGAAUGUGAACAUGUGGAACAAAAAUGUCCCAAGUGGCGGCAGCCGCUCAGACCAGCAAGCACAGGUGCACCAGCUGCUGCCUUCUGCAAGUGCCAUCUCUACCCCAGAGGCAGGCCGGAGCUCCGGCUGGGGUGAGCCCUGGGGGGAGCCUUCUACUCCAGCCACAACUGUGGAUAAUGGUACUUCAGCAUGGGGUAAACCCAUAGACAGUGGUCCCAGCUGGGGGGAACCCAUUGCUGUGGCAUCCAACACAUCCACGUGGGGCUCCAGCUCUGUUGGUCCACAAGCGUUAAGCAAAUCUGGGCCAAAAUCUAUGCAAGAUGGCUGGUGUGGUGAUGAUGCGCCAUUGCCCGGAGACCGGCCGCCUGGCUGGGAGGUGGAGGAGGGCGUGGAGAUUGGGAUGUGGAAUAGCAGCUCGUCGCAGGAGCUCAACGCCUCCUUACAUUGGCCACCCUACACAAAGAAAAUGUCAUCGAAGGGUCUGAGUGGCAAAAAAAGGAGAAGGGAAAGGGGAAUGAUGAAGGGUGGCAACAAGCAAGAGGAAGCGUGGAUGAACCCAUUUGUUAAACAGUUUUCAAAUAUCAGUUUUUCGAGAGACUCACCAGAAGAAAACGUGCAGAGCAGUAAGAUGGACCUUCCCGGAGGAAUGUUACAAGACAAACGAAUGGAGAUAGAUAAACAUAACCUAAAUAUUGGUGAUUACAAUCGAGUGGUCGGGAAAGGCCCUGGUUCUCGGCCUCAGAUUUCCAAAGAGUCUUCCAUGGAACGCAGUCCUUAUUUUGAUAAGGAUGGCAUUGUAGCAGAUGAAUCCCAAAACUUGCAGUUUAUGUCCAGUCAGAGCCUGAAGCUUCCCCCUUCAAAUAGUGCACUACCUAACCAGGCCCUCGGCUCCAUAGCAGGGCUGGGUAUGCAAAACUUGAAUUCUGUUAGACAGAAUGGCAAUCCCAGUAUGUUUGGUGUUGGAAACACAGCAGCACAACCCCGGGGCCUGCAGCAGCCUCCAGCACAACCUCUCAGCUCAUCUCAGCCUAAUCUCCGUGCUCAAGUGCCUCCUCCAUUACUUUCCCCUCAGGUUCCAGUUUCAUUGCUGAAGUAUGCACCAAACAACGGUGGCCUGAAUCCGCUCUUUGGCCCUCAACAGGUAGCCAUGCUGAACCAGCUCUCCCAACUCAACCAGCUUUCUCAGAUCUCCCAGUUACAGCGGUUGAUAGCACAGCAGCAGAGGACGCAGAGUCAGAGAAGCGUGCCUUCUGGGAGCCGGCAGCAGCAAGACCAGCAGGGUCGACCUCUUAGUGUGCAGCAGCAAAUGAUGCAACAGUCUCGUCAACUUGACCCCAACCUGUUGGUGAAGCAGCAGACGCCGCCAUCUCAGCAGCAGUCCCUCCAUCAGCCAGCCAUGAAAUCUUUCCUUGAGAAUGUCAUGCCCCACACUACACCUGAGCUGCAAAAAGGGCCAUCACCAAUAAAUGCUUUCAGCAACUUCCCUAUAGGCUUGAACUCAAACUUGAAUGUAAAUAUGGACAUGAACAGUAUUAAAGAGCCACAGUCAAGACUAAGGAAGUGGACAACAGUGGACAGCAUUUCUGUGAACACAUCUUUGGAUCAAAACUCCAGCAAACAUGGUGCUAUUUCAAGUGGUUUCAGGCUGGAAGAGUCUCCGUUUGUUCCCUAUGACUUCAUGAACAGCAGUACUUCGCCAGCCAGUCCUCCAGGUUCAGUGGGAGACGGCUGGCCACGUGCCAAAUCGCCCAGCGGCUCUAGCAGUGUUAAUUGGCCACCAGAAUUUCGCCCUGGUGAGCCAUGGAAAGGCUAUCCAAACAUUGACCCAGAAACUGACCCUUACGUCACUCCUGGCAGUGUCAUAAACAAUCUCUCAAUUAAUACUGUGCGGGAAGUUGACCACCUCAGGGACAGGAACAGUGGGUCGUCCUCCUCCUCGAACACCACGCUGCCUUCAACUAGUGCCUGGUCCUCCAUUCGUGCCUCCAACUACAGCGUUCCCCUCAGCAGCACAGCACAAAGCACUUCAGCCAGAAAUAGUGAUUCCAAAUUGACGUGGUCUCCGGGGUCAGUCACCAACACCUCUCUGGCCCAUGAGCUGUGGAAGGUCCCUUUGCCACCUAAAAACAUCACUGCUCCGUCCCGCCCGCCUCCGGGGCUCACUGGUCAGAAGCCACCCUUGUCUACGUGGGAUAAUUCCCCCCUUCGUGCAGGUGGAGGAUGGGGAAAUUCUGACGCCAGGUAUACCCCAGGGUCCAGCUGGGGUGAGAGCAGCUCAGGGAGAGUAACAAACUGGCUCGUUCUGAAAAACCUCACACCUCAGAUUGACGGCUCGACCCUGCGCACCCUGUGCAUGCAGCACGGCCCCCUGAUAACAUUCCACCUGAACCUCCCGCACGGAAACGCGUUGGUCCGCUACAGUUCAAAGGAAGAGGUAGUGAAGGCACAGAAGUCUCUGCACAUGUGUGUACUGGGGAACACUACUAUUCUCGCUGAGUUUGCCAGUGAAGAGGAGAUCAGUCGUUUCUUUGCACAAAGUCAGUCUCUGACCCCUUCUCCCGGCUGGCAGUCCCUCGGGUCCAGCCAGAGCCGGCUGGGCUCCCUGGACUGUUCCCACUCCUUCAGCCGGACUGACCUCAGCCACUGGAACGGUGCUGGGCUGGCGGGAACUAACUGUGGAGACCUGCAUGGCACUUCCCUCUGGGGGACCCCACACUAUUCCACAAGCCUGUGGGGUCCUCCGAGCAGCAGUGACCCCCGAGGAAUGAGCAGCCCAUCCCCCAUUAAUGCUUUUCUUUCUGUUGACCACCUGGGUGGGGGUGGAGAGUCCCUGUGACAGGUAGAGGCAGCCUCGUGACCGUGACCUCAAGAUGCGAAGGAAAGGGGCACCGAGUCGAGCUCGCCGCCUGCCGCCGGGCACCUGUGGGAACAGCUCUCCUCUGCACAUUUUCUACUUUGUUUCCCCGAAACAUAUCAGUUUGAAUACUUGAAUCAUGCAGGCCAACGUGAUAAUGUGAAGGUGUCUCUCGUUACACUCCCACUGGCGCCGUACGUGCUGACCGCGUCCCGGGCUCCCUUGUGCGUAUUCAUCAUGUUUAGCCUUUGGGUUUUUUCCUAUUCCCGCACCCCUACCCUCCCCCCCUUUCUUCCCUGCAAAACCAUUGUUUGGGCUGAUGAUGUAUGAGCUUUUACCUUUGCACUGAAUGAUGUUCUCCGUCUAAUGGGCAAUAUGGGGGGCAGCUGUUCCGGUGUCGUGUUUACUCAAGGAAGUUCUAAGGUGCGCGCUCUACUCUGCCUUGAUGUCCGCCCACCUUACUGUGGUGUCGUGGAGUUUGAGAUCACGUGAUGAUGCUGACUUAGGACGAUAAAUGAAAGUAUUGCACCCGUUUCUUCAUGUUAUAAAACUAAAGAAUUUCGCUCUGCAGUUUGAAAAACUGUGGCCACAGCUGUGACUUGCAGCCCACCUGCCACCCAGGGCGGGCCCUGCACUUUGAUAGGCUUUCCAUUUUCUUUUGAAGGCUCCCACGUGGAACCUUCUUGUUUACAGAUUUUUUUGUUUGUUUUUUGAGGAAAAAAUGUUUACUCUUCCAUCAUUUAAAAAAAAUUUAAAAAACAAAAAAAAAGGAGUCGGAUGUAAAGAUGCUUUCUAUCUCUGGGAAAAGGAGCAGCAUUUGGCCAUGUUCUUUUGUUUUCUAACCCUGUCCUAAAUCAAAGAGCAUGGUUCUCAGGAAAACAAGUUCCCCAGUUAAAAAAAAUCCUUGUAGUUUCUUAUAGGAAAAAGGAACCCCCACGAUUUAGCACUGAUGCUAUGUGUUGCUCUGUUAAAGAAUUUUCUCUGCCAAAAAAAGAAAAACAAAAACAAAAAAACGCUUCAAGCUGGAGUUUGAUGUUCUGCUUUCAGAUGCUGUCUUUUUAUUAGUGAGUGAUGAUGGUUUGCUGAUAAUCGGUAGGUAAUAAUUUUUGUAAUUCCAUCACGUGGCGCUCUGUCCUGCUGUUGUGACCGUGUUAAUGUUCAGCGUUGUACCUUAAAGCCGAGACCAGUAACUAUGCAUCCUGUAAGCAAGCUGGGCUUACAGAGCCGUCCAUUGUAUAAAGAAAAUUUUAAAUGUUGUUGCAAACUAACGAGUUACACCAUUUUUACAAUUUCUUUCUCUCCCCCCUUGCCCACAAAUGGUAUUAUAUUGCUUGCUUAGUCGAAGGAGAGACUAAACAAGGGUAAAGAUUUUAACACAGAGUUUGCCAUCAUUUCAUUGCCUUGAUCUAACUGUUUGUGUCCUACGAUGCAAAAGAAGUCAGUGGCUUUUAACUGUUUACAAAUAGAAUGUGAUUGUAAAAUGUACAGUUUGGUUGUGUUUAAUUAUGAAAUUUCUUCAGAUAUAAUAAACCAUGACUUUUUGGCUGCUCAACAUUAAUUGUCUCUUUUUUGUGAAUUUAUUUGUACGCUCUUUUUUAUAAUGAAAGUUUUCAAGUUGCCGUGUAUGAGGGUUCUCAUAGAGCAACUGAUUAAAAAUCUAAGCAAACAUUGGAACAUUUUACCUGAACUUCUCCAUAGUCUCGCCCUGAAAUAAUGUGAGAACAAUGGGAAACUGUAGCUCGCUCCUUCCUGCCCUCUGAGCAUCUGUGGGACCGUGUUGCUCAGAGCUCCUGGGACUUCAUCUUCCCCACCAUUUGUGCCCAUCUCAGGCCUCCGCAGAGACCGUUCGGAACAUGAAGCGCACUGGCCUGACGGUCUGGUUCGGCGCUCACCUCUGUCACAGAACAGGAAGUGCGCCUGGACCGGCCUCCGGCGGACGGCUUCGUGUGACCACUCGCUCCGCUGGCCAGGUGUGAGCCGGUGUUCAGUGCACUCGAUGUGGAUUGACUUCCAUACUGGUUUUUCCAAAAACCAAAGGUAGCUUUGAAAAACCACGUCUGGAAAUGUUUGGAACGUUAAGCUGAUUGACCUUUUGGGGCUUUGAGUAGUAUAUAAUCGACUUCAUAACUGCGUUAAUUGUAUUGUUCAAGUGUUUGGGAGUUUUUUGCGCUUGUUAUGUGGAAAUAAAGUGUUUGAUUUAAAAAAUUAA